CUUGAGCUUAUAAAUACUCCUCCUUUGGGACUGGACCAUUCUCAAGAAGCACAACCAAAACAAGCUCCAAUGGAGAUGUGCAAAAGCCCCCUCACAACUCAAGUAGUUUCAGUGUUAGUUGCGGUGGUUUUGUUGCUGAGUGUAAGCAGAGGUGAGUGCAGAAAAGGAAGAAUUUUGGAGGCUUUGGAGUAUUCAGCCAUAAGUUGCAGAGCACACAGCGCUUCAUUGGUGGAUUUCGGAGGAGUUGGUGACGGGCAAACGUUGAACACGAAGGCGUUUCAAGAUGCAGUGAGUGAGUUGAGCAAGUAUGGAUCGGAGGGCGGAGCUCAGCUGUAUGUUCCUGCCGGAAAAUGGUUAACCGGCAGCUUCAGCCUCACCAGCCACUUCACUCUCUUUCUCCAUAGAGAUGCUGUUCUUCUUGCUUCUCAAGAUAUAAGCCAAUGGCCGGUGAUCAAACCAUUGCCAUCGUACGGUCGAGGACGAGACGCAGCAGCAGGAAGAUACACCAGUCUCAUAUUCGGCACAAACCUCACUGAUGUCAUUAUUACUGGUGACAAUGGGACAAUCGACGGCCAGGGUGGUCUGUGGUGGCAGCGAUUCCACGGGGGCAAACUCAAGUACACCCGGCCGUACCUGAUCGAGCUCAUGUACUCUGCUGAUAUUCAGAUUUCUAAUCUGACGCUCCUCAACUCGCCUUCAUGGAACGUUCAUCCUGUCUACAGCAGAAAUAUUCUUAUUCAAGGUAUUACGAUCCUUGCGCCUGUAAGAUCACCAAACACCGAUGGAAUCAAUCCAGAUUCUUGCACAAACACAAGGAUUGAAGACUGCUACAUUGUAUCUGGAGAUGACUGCGUGGCAGUUAAAAGCGGUUGGGAUGAGUAUGGCAUAGCUUACGGUAUGCCCACAAAACAGUUGGUGAUCAGACGGCUCACAUGCAUUUCACCCUACAGUGCUGUGAUUGCAUUAGGGAGUGAGAUGUCGGGUGGGAUCCAAGACGUCAGGGCCGAAGACAUUGUGGCCAUCAAUUCGGAAUCUGGGAUCAGGAUCAAGACUGGCAUAGGGAGAGGAGGCUAUGUGAAAGACAUAUAUGUAAGAGGAAUGACUAUGAAGACUAUGAAAUGGGCCUUCUGGAUGACUGGGAACUAUGGGUCUCAUGCAGACAAUCACUAUGACCCAAAGGCAUUUCCAGUGAUUCAAGGAAUCAAUUACAGAGACAUGGUGGCUGAGAAUGUGUCAAUGGCAGCUAGACUAGAGGGAAUUCCCAGUGACCCAUUCACCGGAAUCUGCAUUUCUAACGUCACAAUUCAUUUAGCCGCAAAAGCGAAGAAAGUACCUUGGACAUGCACUGAUGUUGAGGGGAUCUCAAGCGGCGUCACGCCUACACCAUGCAGCACGUUGCCUGAUCAGGGUCCAGAGAAGACGUCUUUAUGCAAUUUUCCUGCAGAGAGUUUGCCAAUAGAUACAGUAGAGUUACAGAAGUGUUCUUACGGAAUAAAUUAUUAUCCGUGAAUUUCUUCGAUGUGUACCACAGUGAUAACAAUCUAUGUACUUUUUUCAUGUCAUUUACCUUAAAGCAAAGAACUCAGUAUUCUCUCUAAAA